AUGGCACCAGUCGAGCAAGCAGCAGACUCGCAGGCCUCUGAGCGUACCAAUUCGUCGGCGAUGGGCCGACCGGAAAGCGUUGAACUUGAAGAGCUCACAGGCAACGAGACAAACGUUGCCCUCCGCGAAGAUGUCCCUCCAGACGGCGGAUACGGCUGGAUUGUCACUGCUUGCGUGUUCCUCAUCAACGCUCACACUUGGGGUGUGAAUUCCGCUUGGGGCAUAUUUCUCGCCCAUUACAUCUCCAGUUCGACCUUUGCUGGUGCCACUCAGCUGCACUAUGCGUUGAUCGGAGGUCUUUCGAUUUCUCAGUCAAUGCUAGUGGCACCGCUUGUCUCAUGGGUCAACGCAAAGCUGGGAACGAGAGCUUCUCUCUUGCUCGGCACCAUUUUGGUGUCUGCAUCAAUGCUGGCUUCUUCAUACGCCACACACAUCUGGCAGCUAUUCCUCAGCCAGGGGGUAUGCUUCGGAUACGGAAUGGGUUUCCUGUACAUCACUGCCUCCGCGGUCCUUCCACAGUGGUUCUCCAAACGACGGAGCCUGGCAGUUGGUAUUGCUUCUUCUGGCGCUGGAUUUGGAGGUCUGGCUUACAAUCUGGGAGCCGGAGCUGGCCUUGAGAAAAUUGGUUGGAGGUGGACAUACAUCGUUCUGGCUAUCUCCACGGCUGUCGUCAAUUUUACCUGUGCGAUUCUUCUCAAAGACAGGAACCAGAACAUCCAGCCAAACAAGCGAAUGGUCAAUGCUCGGGAGUUCGCGCAUGUUUCCACAUGCUUGAUCAUUCUCUGGGGAUGGCUUACUGAGCUGGGAUAUGUCGUGUUGCUCUACUCGCUGCCCAACUAUGCUACUUCCAUCGGACUGUCAGCUCAGCAAGGUUCCAUUGUGGGUGCCGUUCUGAAUCUGGGUCUGGCAUUUGGACGCCCUGUGGUUGGCUACUACUCAGAUCGCUUCGGCCGUAUCAACAUGGCAGCAGCCAUGACAGCGCUCUGCGGCGUCUUCUGCUUGGCCAUCUGGGUCCCAGCCAAAUCUUAUGCCGUACUACUGGUAUUCGCGCUGUUCAGUGGCACGGUAACUGGCACAUUCUGGGGCACGGUCGUGCCAGUCACCGCUGAAGUAGUAGGCAUCCAACGACUACCAGUUGCCUUUGGCAUGAUCUGCCUACCACUUUGCUUGCCGACAACGUUCGCGGAAUCCAUCGCGUUGCAGAUGGUCUCAUCCUCGGGUUACCUCAGCGCCCAGAUCUUCGUCGGAUUCAUGUAUUUAGCCGGUGCCUCCAGUGUCUUGGCCCUGCGAUCUUGGAAGAUGCGAGAAAUCGAGGAAGACGAGAAGCGCGAGCGCGAGGGCCGAGUACCCAUUCCUGUUGGCUCUAGUAGAACUCACGAUCAUUUCUGGCUGACGUUGAGAGGAGUUGCGGCACCUCGAAAAGUUUGA